AUGACACUCCUCAAGCAAAUCCCCCGUCGCAUCACUAUCCCAGUCCACCACGCCACACGACCCUUCUCCCACACUCCCGUCCUCGCCGCCAAAAACCGCAUCUACACUUCCAUCCGCACCCCCGACGAGCUGCACACCCUCAACCUCAGCUCAACGCAUAGCAGCAGACCGCUGCUGACGCUAUGGACCGCGUCGUGGUGUCCGUCUUGCGGCGAGGUCGCGCCGAUACUGAGGGAGCUGGUUGAGGAGGAGGGGGUGGGAGAGCAGGAGGGGGGCGUGGGGUAUGCGGAAGUGGAGCUGGACGCGAUGACGAUUGGGGAUAUGGGGGUUAGGUUCAUGAUCAACUCGAUCCCAACAUUACUGGCGUUCAGUCGGGCAGAACCGCAAAUGGAGACACGUAUCACGAGGUUAGAGGAGCUCAAGAACAGGGAGCUUCUGAGGACGUGGAUCCGGAAAGAGGCGAGUAGGAGAGGGGAAGGUGGAGCAGGCGGGAGUCUAUUUGGAGGAUGUGAGCAACCUUCGAUAUCUGAAAUCUCCAAGAUCGUACCAGCGACCGAGACUGUUCGCUCAGCGCUACCCGCGAUUACCUCCGCCAUCGAUCUAACCCUAGUUCCGGUCAGCAGUAGCAUCGCUAUCAAGCAUUUGACAUGGCAGCGACAAGCUACGAGUUCCAUGGCCGCGAAUGGUGAAACCAUGCGUUAG